GGGAAGUGCCUGGCUCCUGGCCGGGAUACGUGGAGCCAGGGACGGGCUAUUUCCACAGGGCCCGGGAAAGGGGCCAAUGUAUCCCCGCCUCCCGCCCCCGACACAGGGCGCGUCCUGCCCUGACGAGCCGAGCCAGCAGCGCUCUCGCGAUUAGUCUCCUUCCCCGUCACACGAGCGGAAGCCUCGGGCUCUGGGCAGCGGAUAAGCAUCUGUUUGGGGACCUUGAACUUCAAAUAUUAACUGAACACCAUGGCGAAGACUGGAAACCGGGGCACAAUCAAGCCGGCCUUGGGAUUCAGUCCUGAGGAAGAUGCACAGAAACUAAGGAAAGCCAUGAAGGGCCUUGGUACGGAUGAAGAUGCCAUCACUGAUAUUGUGGCCAAUAGGAGUAUAUCUCAACGGCAGCAAAUUUUAAUCACCUAUAAGUCCACGAUUGGCAGGGAUUUGAUUGGUGAUUUGAAGUCUGAGCUGAGUGGGAGCUUUGAGAAGGUGAUUAUCGGAUUGAUGACUCCCAUCACGCUGUACGACGUGCAGGAACUGAAGAGGGCCAUGAAGGGCGCGGGGACAGAUGAGGGCUGCCUGAUCGAAAUUCUGGCUUCUCGUUCUGGUGAAGAAAUCCAGCGCAUUAACGAGACCUACAAACGUCAAUAUGGCACCACCCUUGAAAAAGACAUUGUGUCAGACACAUCUUCCGUGUUCCGGCGCGUGCUGGUGUCUCUAGCGACAGGAAACAGGGACGAGAGCCACUACGUGGAUGCAGGCCUUGCUCAGCAGGAUGCCCAGUGCUUGUAUGAAUCUGGGGAAAAGAAGUGGGGGACGAAUGAAGGACAAUUUAUGACCAUCCUCUGUUCAAGAAAUAGAAAUCAUCUAUUACAGGUCUUCGAUGAAUACAAAAGGAUUGCUAAGAAGGACAUUACAGAAAGCAUUAAAUCUGAGAUGUCAGGGGACCUGGAAGAUGCCUUAUUAGCUGUGGUAAAAUGCAUAAGGAAUAAGCAUGCAUACUUUGCUGAAAGAUUAUACUAUUCCAUGAAGGGUUUAGGGACGGAUGAUGAUACGCUCAUUCGAGUGAUGGUGUCACGCUGUGAAGUUGAUAUGUUGGAUAUUAGGCAUGAAUUCAAGAGAAUGUAUGGGAAAUCUCUCUACUCCUUCAUCAAGGGAGACACUUCUGGAGACUAUAGGAAAGUUCUACUCUUGCUGUGUGGUGGUGAAGACUAAACCAUGCAAAGCUGAUUGUCAUGGGGAGAAGAGAUACAGAUUAGAGGAGAAACAGAUUUUUUUCCCCAAUAGCUUUAGGUAGCGCUAUUAGAAUUAACUUGGGCUAGUCAGUGCCAAUUGACUCUUAUAUGCUUCUAUUGCUUAAAUUAUGCAAUGGUGCACUAAUUGUGUUACCAGAGCCAGUCAUGCCUUGAACCAGCAUCCAAUGCAGAAUUGCCUGGCUGAAUUACUUCUGCUUGCAGGCUUUGGAAAGACUUCUUGAAGCCAUGUUUGGGAAACAGGAGCACUAGACAUUUUCUAUAAUUUCCAGUUCCAUUCUACAGUUGAGUUAUCUGAACGAGAGAAAGGUAUCUUGCUGCAUAAAGCGAAGGGAUAGCUAACAACCAUCUUGAUUCUGAGCUUAAACCAAAUGCUACUGUAAACCAAAUGCCUUAAUGCUACUGUAACUUGAUUUGUCUGCAAAUGAACACCGCUAGGCCUUAAGGCUUCUCCUCUCUGCUAUUGAACUUACUGACCAACUGAAGUGAGCUGAGGCACAGAAUAUACAAGACUCUUUAUGGGGAAAACAUUAACACUGUUUGUGUGGGAGACGUACAAUCUACAAGCUUAUGCUCUGUUUUCCAGCACAAAGAAAAUCAUUUGUUUAAAAUGCAAGGCAUGUCUAAAUCGAAACACGGCCUUUGUUAGAAGCAAACUAUUAACAUUCCAUGUCACUUUGACUAUUUGUGCAUAUAGAUCAAAAGAUAGGAGCAGCAUGUAAUUUACAAGUGGCAAAUUAGAAACUCUACCUGCCUCAUGGCUAGUCCACACACAGACAUUUUGUAUUAAUAUAACUGUUGGUUAAGGAUGUGACUUAGAGGUAUAUUGGUACAUCCUCUUUUGUGGCUGCAGUUAUAAUGGUUUAAAAGGUGCUUUGUGCUGGAAUAGUUUAUUCCGCUUCCUGUACAGUAACUGCACCCUCAGUUAAGCCCCUUUAGCUACACAAUAUAGUUAAAGCUGCACAACUCUGGUCCACAGACAUGGCCUUGCAUCUAACACCUUUUCUGUGGCUAGCUGACUGCAAGAAGUCACUCUGUUCUGAAACCUAAUUCAUGUUCUCUUUGGUCUGAGGUUAUAUCUUCACUGCAAAAGCUUUGUGUUACAGCAGAAAAACUUAGCUUUCCCUGUCCUGCUGUACAUUUCGGCUACGUCUACACUGGCAUGAUUUUCCGGAAAUGCUUUUAACAGAAAAGUUUUCCGUUAAAAGCAUUUUCGGAAAAGCAUGUCUAGAUUGGCAGGGCGCUUUUCCGCAAAAGCACUUUUUGCGGAAAAGUGUCCGUGGCCAAUCUAGACGCACUUUUCCGCAAAAAAGCCCCGAUCACCAUUUUCGCAAUCGGGGCUUUUUUGCGGAAAACAAAUCUCUGCUGUCUACACUGGCCCUUUUGCGCAAAAGUUUUUCGGAAAAAGACUUUUGCCCGAACGGGAGCAGCAUCGUAUUUCCGCAAAAGCACUGACCAUCUUACAUGAGAUCGUCAGUGCUUUUGCGGAAAUUCAAGCGGCCAGUGUAGACAGCUGGCAAGUUUUUCCGGAAAAGCGGCCAAUGUAGAUGUAGCCUUCUUGUCUAUGUGUAUAACGCUGCUGCAAAAUGGCUGGUGGAGAUGUUUUGUGCUCAUGGGAGAGAGCUCUCUUAUUGGCAUAAAAAAAGUUCAUGUUCAUAGCGCUGUCAGUGUCAUUCAGGGGUGGUUUAUUCACAGGUUGAGCAAUAUGAAUUACGCCGACAUUGCUGUCAUGUAGACAUACCCUUAAUGUGAAUUAAAUAAGGGGAGGCCACACAUCAGCAGAGGUACAGUGCUAAUCUUAUCUACCUCUUGCUCAAAAGUAGUGUCUUAGCCAUACUUUUUACAGUAGGACAGGGCUAGCUAAUGAGUUAGCUGUUUGUUGUGCUGUUUAAAAACAAAGCAAAAAACAUAUUUUGUAGUGAAGUCAUAGACUGAGUGAGGCAGUGUCUUCAGAAGGGAGCAGUGUGGGCUGAGAAUGGAAAUAGAAGGCAGGAUCUAUGGUAUUGUAAACCCAACUCUGCCAUUUGCUUUGUUCCCAUUGACUUGGCCAACAGCAAAACUGGACUCUCUGGCUCUGGUCAAGCCACUGUCUUUCUGUGCCAUACUGAGAGGAGGUUUGUUAGGGUUACUGUCGCACACUAUGUUAGUCUGCUGCUCAAUAAGAAGAAACCACUUAGACUUAUCACUACAGCAGACUCAUAAAUGCCCUCUGGCUUUACAGUAAAAAUGGCUGGCCGGCCGGCCAGUGCUCAAUGUAAUAAACCAAUCGUUUCUUUA